AUCGCCCCCGCCGCCACCCUGAAGUUCAUUGUUAUCAUCUUGGCCGCCGGGAUGGUGGCCUUCAUCGGAGCGGUUAUCUGCAUCAUCGCAGCCGUCCACACCGGAUCCUCCCGGGCUGCCGCGGCACAACAGCAACCAGCAACCGACAAUCACUCGCUGUAUCCGGACGCGGUGGCGCAGAGCCCCGCUGCAGCGGGCUCCGUGGCCCGGGUCGGAUCUCUGGGCGCUCUCCACGGUUCUGAAACACCCGAUUCAGAAGCGCCCACCUUCAACAUCGGGCUCAGCGGGCUGGACGGGGUCACCGGACUCACCGGGCACGACCCGUCGGUUAGUCGACUCAUCUGCACGCCGAUCCCCGCCGGGGAGUGCAACCCGAAAAACUUUCAGCAACAAGCGGAUGACCCGUCGCUGUACGCGGGGGAAGAUUGGGGCUACCUCCGCACCACCGCGGAGGAGCUCCGGCAGACCGUUCUGCAGCAGAAGGACCAGAUCUUAACAGACCAGCGGACCAUCCGGGAGCUGACGGGGAAACUGUCCGAGUGCGAGAAGGGACUGGACGGCAGGAGCAGCGCGGACAGACGCGGGAGCGCCGCGGGCCUGUGGGGGGGCAAAAGCGCGUCGGAGGAGGCGCACCUGGAGCGGAUCAUGGUGCGGGACAGCCCGGGCUCGACGCCCGACGGUGCCCACCUGCUCACUGUUAGGGCUGUGGAUGAACUGGAGCAGGCGAUCACUCAGCUCAAAGACCGUAUAGAGAAACUGGAGUCAGACAUUGGCCCGUUUCCUCACAACCAGACGGACAGCGGCACCUCAGGAGCGCCAGAGGAAGGCGGGAUGUCUGGCGGCCCAAACAGGCUGUCCGAUCCCGGGCACAGAGCUGGUGCCGAGAGGCCCUGGAGGAUGGAGGACUUGGAGGGGGAGCUGGAGAAGAAGGUGGAGCUGCUGGAGAAAGAGAGAAAAACCCUGAGGCGAGAGACGGAGAAGCACAGGCAGGAGAUUGACCGCGGCAUCAAUAAACUACACCACCGAAUCUCAGGACUGGAAGCAGGUGUCUCAGGGCAUUCUUUCCCAGAAGGCUACAGGCUGUCCUUCCCAACUCGGACAAACUACAUGUACGCUGUUGUGAAGCACACCAUCCCUGCGCUGCGGGCUUUCACCAUCUGCCUGUGGCUGCGGCCCGCAGAGGGAGGAAUCGGGACGCCUCUGUCUUAUGCUGUUCCAGAACAACCCAACGAAGUGGUGCUGCUGCAGGGCCUGCAUACCCCUGCUGAGCUGCUCGUCAAUGACAAGGUGGCGCAGUUGCCUCUAAACCUCUCCAGAGGCAGCUGGCAGCACAUCUGUGUGAGCUGGAGCCAGAAGGGGGGAGUCUGGCAGGCCUACCAGGGGGGAAAACUGAGGGGCGAGGGUCACGCGCUGGCAGCCGGACAUCACAUCAGACCCGGGGGAAUGCUCAUACUGGGGCAGGAGCAGGAUUCUCUGGGUGGAGGUUUUGACUCAUCCCAGGCCCUGGUGGGAGAGCUGUCCCAGGUGGGUCUCUGGGACCGGGUCCUGUCCUCCAACCAGGUGGCCAGCUUGGCCCGCUGCGGCAAAGUAAACCAGGGCAGCGUGGCCCCCUGGACCGAGAACGGAGUUGAGGUUUACGGUGGAGCGACCAAGGACCCGGGGGAGCCUUGUAGUAAACACAACAGGAAUUCUCAAUGACCGAUGGGGGAAGUGAAAGAAGGGCGCAGGGAGGGAUAAAGUUGUAGCCCUUUCAUGAAGGUAGGAUUCUGCUAUAGGAUUUUCUAAACAACUCAAUGUGGACUGAUAGGUAUGUAAAAAAAUGGAAAUUUAUGGUGUAUAAAUAUAUGAUGUAAGUCGCGGCUUUGCAGUUACUUCACACUUCUAGCAACAACUUCCGACGCCAUCAUGGAGGUCCACAGAACAAUUGUGCAAUAUAAGAUGAGACUUCUCAUCAAUACAAAUGCGGUAUGAGCACAAAUCACAUUAUGUAAGUUACUGAUCAGUAAUUAUAUAUAUAUACUGACACUGAAAAUACACCAAAUAGUGGCCAUGCAAUGUCUAUGGAAAGUUGUGGCAGCCGCUUCUAGCUGCAGCCAUCUGAUUCUGAAACAAAGUGCAGCCAAACUAAAAGUUGGAGAUAAAAUGAAUGGCCAUCACAGCCUAUCUGACAUUUUGACCUUAGUUACAAAGAAUUUCUUUCUCCUUAGACACAUGAACACGCCUCCUGGCCAUAGAAAAAAUGCACACACUACGACAAGCCUCACUUUGAUGCAGCUUAUUGUCUUUUUGGUGUAAUAAAGUAGAUUUAUCUCCAGAUUCAGGCAAAGCUAAAUUAUUUAGUCUAUAGUCCUAGCUCUUCUGUGCUUUUUUUUUUUUAGCAAACUAGCUAGCUGGCUGCCUAAUUAAUGAAAGCAACUAAUAUGUGAAAAUUAAAAUAACAAUAAAAACCUUCUGCCAGCGAUUGAUUAGUGAGAAAACAUACAAGUAAAGACACAAUGAUGGUUUGCUUACCAAAAACUAGUAUCAUCAGCUAGUUAGCAAAAUGUUAUUAUCUGUCCUCUAAAGGACUUUUAAACAUUUUGGGAAAUACUCUCGUUCUCUUUAGUUCACUUUUAGUAAAUAUGACGCUACCGUUAGCUGCUAUUUUAGCUUAGCAUCAGACUAAAAAUGGGGAAACAGCUAGCCUAGCUUUUUCCAAAGUAGUGUUGUCAAAAAUAUAAUUUAUUGUUACAUAUAUCUGAAUAUUUUUAACAGAUUCAGUACUCAUUUCCACAGUAUCAGUUAUACUAGUAUCAUAGCGUCAUUUUCUGUGGCGCUUUCUCACUCGUUAUUGUUAAUGUUUAUUCGUCAUUCUGCCUCGAUGUAAAUUUUUCACCAUGUUACGCCUAGCAAAAAUAAUAUUGAAUAUCAAUAUUUUUUUAGUUAUUCUAUUAAAAUCAGAAAUGAUGGUAUCGUGACCAGUGUUGAAAUGGUUACCUUCGAAAUGCAAUAAGUUACAGAUUACUAUUUGCCCUGUUAAAAAUGUAAUAAGUUUUGUGAUUUUAAUUGCUUCAUCAAAGUAAUGCAACUUACAUUUCCUGCAGUGAUAGUGGCACAAUUUACAUUUAAAUUACAUUUAACGUUUUUUCUACAAAUGUUUUAAACAGUUGAAAAAAAUUAAAAACAAAAGUGCAUGAAUGUUGCGCUUUGAUGAAAAGAUGUAACGCCAUAGAAUUGAUGUUUUCUUUAACAAAUCAUCUUUUUACUGAUUUUUUUUCAUGUCAUCCCUUUGCAAUCAAGUGACAUUUGAUUAGUGACCUAACAAUAAUUGAUUACAUAUUUACUGAUUACAUUUAUUUUGUAAUUCAAUUACUGUAACUAGAUACUCCACAACACUGAUUGUGACAACACUACAAUACAUACAAUUCAACAAAUUUUGUCUACCAGCUCCUCCAAAGCUCACUAAUUAACACACAGUAUCUUGAAUUUUGUUUAAUCUGUACAAAAUUAAGUGUAGAAAUUACUUUUGCAGACUGUGCAAAGAAGAUAUUGCUUGUCAAAUGCUUGUGAAUUUUAGAGACGCUGGUAGGUGAAAUGUGUUACCUUAGGUCAAAGCUAAGCUAGAGUCUUCCCCGUUACCAGUUUUAAUGCUUAAGCUCAGUUAGCCGGCUGCUUGUGAUCGGGUUGUAUAUCAAUUUUCUUACCAAACAAGAAAGCAAUGUAUUUCCCAAAAUGUUGAACUUUCCUUUGAUCAAAGAUAAAACUGUGCAGAAACGACCACUGCAUUUAUUUUGUUGAGACCGCCGAGCUGCGAGAAAUUCAGUGUGUCCCUCUGCUGUAGCCGAAGAGCCGUUGACCUCCACUAUGGCUGCCAGAAGUUGUGUAAAGCCAGCUGAAAUCCCUCCAUGAGUGCAGCCGGGUUGGAGUGGAGUUAAUUAAGGGCUGCGACAGCUUUAGAGUUGGAAGUCAAGGUAAGGUGAUGAAAAGUGUUGAAGAAAGUGGUGGGAAUGUUAAGUAGAUGGCAGCAAGGGGUAGAUGAUGAAAGAGAAAGGAAACAGGGAGGACAGGGGAAAAAACAGAUAAAUCGGGCACUUUUAAGGAGUGAUGCUACAUUGUUUUCACCUCUGCAUGAUGUGUUCAUAUACCUGUAAAGUCUUGCCACUGCACUGUGCAGCUCAAAAGUUUCACAAAAAAAGGACAGUCUCUCCUGCUUCCACGGCUGGUGGGUGUCUGCCUUUGUGUUUGUCCUCUAAGGCCUGAUGGUCUCUAAAUAAGUUACUGAACAAAAAAGAAAAAGUCUUACUCCCUAAGGAAAUCACCACCACCACCAGAAUGUUACUCAUCUUUGGGCAUUUCACACUUUUUUAGGACAACUCUUUGCCCCAUUUAUGUCACUCUGUGCAAACUUCAGGGUCAGUCAAUGUCAAAGUAUUUGCUCUGAUCAAGGAAAUUUGAUUUAAUCUUUUGACUUAAUCUUGUCGCACACUUCAGGCUUGUUUGAGAUGAACCAGACCAACACAUUCUGCGCUAUUUCGAACCCCGUCUUGCUGAGUGUAUUGCAUCGUGGUUAGUCAUUUUGUCAGACUUGCUCUGGAGGCUCGACCAGUGUGAGACGUGGAAAUCUUGCGGGAUGAAAACGCAUGCAGCUUUGAGAGCGAGGCACCGCUGUUUCUCUCCAGAAGCUGCAGAAGCAAAAUGCUUGAAGAUAAAUGACGAGCUGAGGGCUCUUUGGGAGUUUUUACCUAGUUUACCCCAUUUUUUGGCAUGGAUCAGGAUUGUAUCCAAAUUCAUUUUAGAAAGUCAGGACCGCAAAAACCACCUGAAAUGCAGUUUUUGCAUAUCGUAUCCGAUUUGGAGGUGGUUUGAAAUGUGAUUCGAUUCACAUUCCUACAGAUGCCUCUCAGUCCAGACGGUCUCGCUAAUCAAAUCAGAUUUUGGAGAUUCUUUGAAAGCCAUGCACAAUGACAACGUCAAAUCCAAAGAGAUGGAAGUGCAAAGCAGAAUCGCCGCUGCCACGAGGAGAGUGUUACAGCGGACAACAUGGAGAACAACAGCACAGGUGUUCGGCAGGCGAAUGACGGACCUCUAUUUCUCAUUCUACAACACGGAAAACCACGUCAUCAACGUCGCUACAUACUUACUAAUGCUAAUGUCGCAACCAUGGCAACCCAUGCACAUAUGUUGGUGAUGUCAUGAGACACAAAUCUGAUCUGAUCACUUGCAAAUAAAGGUGUAGACAUAAUCUGUCUUAAACAUCUGAUUUGAGAAACAAACCUGAUUUGCCUGCAGUCAGGUCGUAGCCAAAAUCUUGCUUUUAGUUUUAUUCUUAUGCUUUUAUUUAUUCUAUCUCUGUACUUUCUUUUUUUUUGUCUUCUGUAUCCUUAUUUGAAGGCCUAGUGUGUGGGAUUUGGGAGGGUAAAUUGGCAGAAAUUUAAUAGAAGUGUUUUCUUUAGCGUAUAAUCGCUAAAAAAUAAGAAUUGUGUUUUUGUUACUUUAAAAUUAGCCGUUUAAGAAAGAAUAAAGUUUAAGAAUCUAUUAUGUUUGAAAAAAAAAAAAUAUGGGUCCUUGAAAGGUCAUGAAAAAGUUUUGAAAUUUUUUCAGUGAAAAAAAUCCCCCUAAAUAUUAUACAGUGUACCUGUAAAACUAAUAAUGUCAAAUACAUUUUGCACAGUAUAAGUGAUUUAUAAAGUGAAGUAAUCAGACAGCAAAUGCUAUCAUACUUUUAUUUUGAUACUGCCACUGACGAUGUUAAUCACAUCUAUCUCCAUACAGUAAUGCAUCCACUUGCAGUUACUUUCUUCUUUGCAAGUCGAAUCAAACCACGUCUGAGCUGUUCCAGCUCGCUUUUUGGUCGCCCCCCCCCCGGCUGCGAUGAACUACUCUCAUCUGCUUUCGAGGCUCAUCUCAAACAAGCCUUUUAUGCUCUUUAAAUUCAACCUUCAAACAUGCAUAUGUUAUUUUCAAAUUAACAUAACAUACUCACAGUCAUUUUAACAUUCUUAGAUACUGACUGUUUCCUCUUUGCAAUUUUAUACAUGCAACCACUCAACAAUGUGGUUUGAUGAAUUAACAACCUCCAGCUCUUCCAACCUUCCUACAUUCCAUGCAUGAGUUGUACCGUUUGUUUGUUAUAUGCCUCAGAGCAUUCGGUAUGUUUCUGAAAAUCUAAUCUCUUUGAUGAUUGCUGUCCACUGUUGUGUGAGACGUGAUCCUUAAUACAGAUUGUCCAUUUCACCGUUUCUAAUUUCUAAAAAACACCAGCUCUCCCUUGCAUCAAAAGUAAUCCUUAGUGGAAAGUGCCUGACGGGGUGUUUGUGCCCAUGUAAACAAAUCAUCUGAUUUAUUAUCCUGGUGGGAAAUUAACACUGCGAGAUAAUCUUGAACUAAUUGAGCGUCAGUAUGUGAAUUCCCAGGUGGAUUUUUAAGAUUUAAGAGGUUUGAUAAAACAUUCAAAAACACAGGACUUCUGUGCCAUACCGCAGCACUGAUGCUGAAUCGGGUCAAAACCAUCUUGCUGUGCCUAAUAGUGUCUUGAAGAUGCCUCUCAGUCUGCAGUGUUAUUAAUAAUAUUAUGCCUGGUGUCUGUUCAGCUCGUGUCAGAGCUUUUUUUGGGCUUUUUGAUAGUGGUGUGGCAUUAUUCUGUUGGAACUGAAAGCUUUUUAACUCUAUUGGCAAUGUUUUCUUACAUGAAAAUUCAGAUUUUUUUUCACUGUAUGCAUUGGUAUCUGUCUGUUUUCAUGUUGUUGUUUGUAUAAAUACUGUAUGUCCGACGUCUUGUACGGUGUUGUAUUGUUCUGCAUAAUGUGCCGUG